AUCAGAUCUCCCGAUCGAAAACCGGACAUCACCGGACGCCACCGGGGCCGCACCGGACCAUGGCGACGGCAUGGAGACCAUGAAGCGGCGAGAAGCAUCGCAUGGAAGCGCCGGAUGUGGUGCGGAUACUGAAAAGGUCCCUGGUCCUGAGCUGAAGCAGUUGGAACUAGGCAGUGUGGGCAGCUUCGUUCGGAACCACCGGAAGAAGAUCUUCCUCAUUUUCCUUUGCCUUUGCACGCUUCUCGCCGUCCAGCCCAGCUCCCGCUGGUUCGGAGCCGAGCUGAGAGAGGACCGCACGAGCAAGCUGCAAGCGGAGCUCAAGGGAAAAACCGCCGAGCAAAUCCUUCAGUGGGCGGCGGAGACGGUUCCGGGCCUGGUCCAAUUUAGCAGCUUCGGACCUUCGGGCAUGGUGAUCUUGGAUCUCCUCGAUCGCCUAGGCCUCUUGGAGGAGACACGGAUCGUCACGAUCGACACCUUACACCUUUUCCCAGAGAGCUAUGAGCAUCUGCAGAACGUCACCAGAAGAUAUCCCAAGAUGAAGCUCCAGACCUUCUAUCCCAAGGACUUCAUGGAGGGCGAAGGUCAUCGUUUCGAUGAGAUGCAUGGAAUGACUCUUUGGAAGGACGACUUCCAGAAGUACAGUUACCUCACCAAAGUGGAGCCCACCCUCCGUGCGCUGCAACAACUGGCGCCUGGCGGUUGGAUCACCGGCCGUCGCCGGUCGCAGGGUGAGCUCCGAAGCCACCUGCCGGUGGUGGAGAACGAUGCAGGGAGAUUGAAGAUCAAUCCUUUGGCCUACUGGACUUGGGAGGAUGUUUGGCAAUACCUCCACACCCACGAGGUGCCCUACAACGUCCUUCACGACCGCGGCUACAGCAGUGUGGGAGAUGUGAUGAAUACCCGGCCCACCAAGCCAGGGGAAGGCGAGCGCGCAGGCCGCUUCGAGCUGAGCCAGGAGACCGAGUGUGGCAUGCACACACACCUGGCGCGCAUAGCAAAGAAGCGCGCUGAGAGCGCCUCAAAGCGUGCUGAGUUGGAUGAUGCGCCGCACCUGCCCUGUGACACAUGUGUGGAGGUGAACAAGCAGAACUUCGAGGAGGUGGUCCUCAAAACCAAGCAGGAUAUGCUCCUUGAGUUCUAUUCGCCGAUGUGUGGUCACUGCACGCACUUUGCUCCUACCUAUGCGACGAUUGCGCAUGAGCUGAGCAUCAGUGGAGAUGCCCUUCCAGCGAGGAUGGAUCUCUAUCACAACCAGGUUCCACAAAGCGCCAAAGAUGCAGGCUUUGAAAUCCAUGCCUUUCCAACGUUGAUCUUGGUCCGCCCCAUGCAGAAGAAGCUGAAGCUUGUGACCUAUCCCCGCUGGAGGAGGGACGUGAAGACGGUGUUGGACUGGGUGAAGGAGGAGCUUACAAAGCCCUUGACUUGAGCUGACCACAAAAACGGCUGGUCUGUGCGCUUCGCGAGCCGAGUCGGUGGGUUAUUCCCCGCUGUGGCGCUAGGGGAAGAUUUACACCUGCAUGACAUGGGUUUCUUAUGUUUCCUUCUUUCUGAUGAUUUGAUACUACUCGCAAUCUUUCCAAGAGGAGAGUGAGUUCGAAGUCCUCUAUCUCAGGUAGUGCAGUUCAAGUACAGCUAAGUGUACAGCUAGAACUGUUUCAGCGGUUUAGUACCAUCCCUUGACACCAUGGCUGCAGACUGCCAGCCAGGGUGUCAGGCGACAGGCGACCAAGAAACUCAGC